GUCCCCGCAGUGCCUGAAAGGUCUUUCCUCCGCGCCGGUCUCGUGGGUGGCGAGCGGCGUGGAGUCUGGAACUAUCGGGAGGGCUCUGUAACGAGAGGUGGUGCAGGGAGACCGUGCCGGGAAGAACAGAGGGCGGUUGGGGGCGGGGUUAUUUCGGGCAGUCAGGUGGGCGACCCUCAGAGGCGUCUGGAAGGCCCGCGUCGUUAGGGAGCGUAGAACGGCGUUUCUGGUUACAGGGUUGGACAAAGGGCAAAGGUCAGCCUCUGGGUUGGAGAACACCUCCUUUGGGCCAUGGCCGCAUCUGGGGAACCCGGCCGGCAGUGGCAGGAGGAGGUGCCCGCGGUGGUAGUGGUGGGCUCCUGCAUGACCGACCUGGUCAGUCUUACUUCUCGUUUGCCAAAAACCGGAGAAACCAUCCAUGGACAUAAGUUUUUUAUUGGCUUUGGAGGGAAAGGUGCCAACCAGUGUGUCCAAGCUGCCAGGCUUGGAGCAAAGACGUCCAUGGUAUGCAAGGUUGGCAAAGAUUCUUUUGGCAAAGACUACAUAGAAAACUUAAAACAGAACGAUAUUUCUACAGAAUUUACAUAUCAGACUCAAGAUGCUGCUACGGGAACUGCGUCUGUAAUUGUCAAUAAUGAAGGCCAGAAUAUCAUCGUUAUAGUGGCUGGAGCAAAUUUACUUUUGAAUACUGAAGACCUGAGGGAAGCAGCCAGGACCAUUAGCAGAGCCAAAGUCAUGAUCUGCCAGUUAGAAAUAACUCCAGAAACGUCUUUGGAAGCCCUGACAAUGGCCCACAGCAAUGGAGUGAAAACAUUGUUCAAUCCAGCUCCUGCUAUUGCUGACCUGGACCCUCGCUUCUACAGACUCUCAGAUGUGUUCUGCUGCAAUGAAACUGAGGCUGAGAUCCUAACUGGCCUGGCGGUCGGCAGCCCUGCAGACGCGGGGCAGGCUGCACAGAUGCUCGUGGAAAGGGGCUGCCACGUGGUCAUCGUCACCUUAGGUGCUGAAGGAUGUGUGAUGCUGUCAGAGACAGAAGCCGUGCCAAAGCACAUUCCCACCGAGAAAGUCAAGGCUGUGGAUACCACGGGCGCUGGUGACAGUUUUGUGGGGGCUUUGGCCUUCUACCUGGCUUACUACCCAAGUCUGUCCUUGGAAGAAAUGCUCAAGAGAUCCAAUUUCAUCGCGGCGGUCAGUGUCCGGGCUGCAGGAACACAGUCUUCUUAUCCGUACAAAAAAGACCUGCCACUUGAUCUGUUUUGA